UCUCAGAACCAAUAAUUUUUUCCUUCUGCCCUUAGAACAUUUUACAUAAGUAAAAUUCCCAUGAGCCUAAAUGCAUGUUAUGGUCUGCCAGAGGAAACUUCCAUGAAACAGGGAAACCGUGCAAACUCCACAAGCAGGACUGGGUGAAGAUGCUGAAGACGACGCGAGGGCCUCGUCCAAACGCCCCCAGGGAAAUAAGUGGAGCCCCCCCAGGGAGAAAGAAGCCACCGGCACCACACAGCACACUGAAGCGAGCGGCUCAUUGAUCUGGCGACGUUAGUAUGGGUGGGGGCUGCUCUGCCCGCCUCCCAGCGUGCCCCCCCCCCCCCAGCUUGUAACACUCGCAGUUCUCCUCUCUCUCACUCAACAGUGGAUCAAACGCAGUCAAUUGAAUUUAGGCACUGCAGCGUGCUGAAGAGCCGAUUCCGGCUAAUUCCGGCACUCUGCACACUCCACCGGAGCCACGCCUCGACCUCGGAGCGGCCAGAGAGUGAAUCUCUGUGCCACGGAUGGAUGGAUGGAAGCUCCCCAGAGAUAAAACAUCACGAAGCCUCGAGGGAAAGGAAAAUCUCACUGGAAUCACUGGCAUCUCGAACACCACUGCCGUCUAGGCGAGAAUCUCACCCAGGUCCUGCACGACUCUGAAACCGCCGAUUCAUAUUUAUGAGUGAAUAACAAUAUUGGGCCAGGAGACGCGCUUUAUACAUUUUUCAAGAAACGUCGUGUGACAGUAUUUUUGCGAAGAGAGCCUUUACACUAGGGAGAGUUUACACGCCGGCUGUACACUGGUAAUACAUCCACGGUGGAGGUAUGGUGAGCGAGUGAAAAGCCAGCGAGACGAGUGUUUGGAUGACGCACCUCGUUUUUGUCUACUGUCGGGACCUGACUCGGCGUUUCCUGCUCAGGCGUAGACGAGACUAACUUCUGAGCCGCACCAGCGAGGUGUCACAAAGCAGCCGCAGUCCUGCCUCAUAUUAAUCUUUAAUUAGUACAGAUGCUUUUCACGGAAUUGCUUAAUAAGUUCACUUAAUGUUCCCAGUGUUCUUUUCUCGAAGUAGGAACAUAAGAACAUAAUGGUUCUUUAGUGUUCUAAUAAUGGGCUGUGGUGCUGCCGUUCCAGCCCUGUUGGGUGAGGUAACAGCAGCCGUUUCUGCACAUAUUCGGGUGGGAUGAGGCAGGGACUGCCCAUAGCAUUGUGGAGCAACAUGUCAGGCCUCAAUGGCACGGAGGAGCUCCCCACGGGACAGCCUGUCAACUCCUCUUUGGACUACAAGGAUUAUGAGCUGGAACAGGACAUCAGCGCCAUCGUCAUCCCCUCAAUCUACGCGCUCGUGUGCUGCGUGGGCCUGACGGGCAACACCAUGGUGAUCUACGUCAUCCUGAAGUAUGCCAAAAUGAAGACGGCCACCAACAUCUACAUCCUGAACCUGGCCAUCGCCGACGAGCUCUUCAUGUUCAGCGUACCCUUCCUGGCCACGUCGGCGGCGCUCCAACACUGGCCCUUCGGCUCGCUCAUGUGCCGCCUGGUGCUCAGUGUGGACGGCAUCAACAUGUUCACCAGCAUCUUCUGCCUGACCGUGCUCAGCAUCGAUCGCUACAUCGCCGUGGUGCACCCCAUCAAGGCGGCCCGCUACCGCCGGCCAACGGUGGCCAAGAUCAUCAACGUCUGCGUGUGGGGGCUCUCGCUGGUGGUCAUCCUACCCAUCAUCAUCUUCGCCGACACCGUGCCGGCGCAGGACGGCGGGGUCGACUGCAACUUUCUGUGGCCAGAGUCGUCCUGGUCGGAGGCGUUCGUGGUCUACACGUUCCUCUUGGGGUUCCUCCUGCCCGUGGUGGCCAUCUGCCUGUGCUACUGCCUGAUCGUGGUACGCAUGAGAGCGGUGAGCCUGAAAGCCGGCUGGCUGCAGCGACGCAAAUCAGAGAAGAAGAUCACGCGCAUGGUGUUGCUGGUGGUGGCCGUGUUCGUGGUCUGCUGGAUGCCCUUCUACAUCGUCCAGCUGGUCAGCAUCUUCCACCGGCCACCCAACCCCGUGGUCACGCAGCUUUUCGUCAUCCUCAGUUACGCCAACAGCGGCGCCAACCCCAUCCUGUACGGCUUCGUCUCGGACAACUUCCGCCGCUCCUUCCAAAGGAUCGUCUGCUUCCGCUGGCUGGAGAAUGGGCUGGACGUGGAGCAGGUGGAUUACUGCGCUGUUGCCCUGAACCGCCAGGCCACCUGUGGCCCGCCGGACUUUCCCAGGGACUGCCUGGCCUCCGAAAUGGUUUAUCGUAAUGGUACCUGCACAUCACGUACCACUGCUUUCUAAAUUUCCGAGAUGCCCGGAUGAAGCUUCGGAGAGAUGUCGAUACUGCCCAAAACGGCUGUUGCCUAAUAACACCUUUAUAUAACGACACGUGGGCAGUAACUCAGACCAGUAACUCAGAGGCCAGUAUGCUGAAGCUAACGAGGAAGUCCUUCUGGCACUUUCCGGGUGUGUCUAGUUUACCGUGACUGGCACAAGCAGUCGAGAAAACUGGCUGGUGAUGCGGUGUUUUCAAAAUGAGAAUUUCCUUUUACUGUUGGGAUUGUACGGUACACACUGACAUCGUACUGGGGGAGAUGGUUUGCUAACUGUGGUUCCUGUUCUCGCGUAUCUGUACUUAGUGUGACAUCACUGCCUGUUACCUCAUCUGCCAUAAAAACCCAGAAGCUGUUAAAAAUACAGUAAAAAGGUUUUGUCCUUUUAAGAAAUCGAUCCGUCGUCGUGCCCAGAGCCAGCCUGUUGGGUCAGUUCAGUGCCGGGUCGCUAUGGGUCGAUACAUUAAACAUACAGAAGAUUUAUUACAUGGAUGGCGUUCUAAAGACAGCGAGCGUUUGUUGGCCAGAGAUACUAAUAUAAAGAAUGAGUAAUUGUU